AUGCGCUUCACUGUUGCUACCAUUGCAGUUCUCCCCUUCCUCGUGGCUGCCUCGGAGAAGCGCGCUGCCUUCACCCUUCAGAAUGGCAAGGACGCACAGGCUCUGAACGCGAAGUUUGCGACCCUCACUCCGAGCUCCGCAUGCACGGACGGCGAGAACGCUUGUGUCCAAGGCCAGUUCGCCCAAUGCGCCAACGGGAAAUUUGUCACGUUCCCAUGUGCGGCGACACUGAAGUGUGUCGCUUUGCCUCUCGUCAACUCGGCCGGUACCAGCAUCACCUGCUCCACGGACGCUGAUGCGGCACAGCGCAUUGCUAACACAGGCGCUACCGGUGGGGUUACCGGAAAGCGCUCUAUCCUCAAGGAGAAGAAGCGUGCCGAGUUCACCCUGCAAAACGGCAAGGACGCUCAGGCCCUGAACGCUAAGUUCGCCUCCCUGACCGCCGAUGCUCCGUGCACCGACGGCCAGACGGAGUGUGUCAACGGACAGUUGUCGCAGUGUGUCGGUGGCCAGCGCCUGCUCAGCCCGUGCGCCGCAGGCCUGAGCUGCGUCGCUCUUCCUCUCGUCAACUCCCCCGGAACCAGCAUCACCUGCGACACAAUCGCGGAUGCUGAGGCACGCAUCUCCACCACUGGUGCCACCGGUGGCCUCAACGGCAAGCGCAGCCUUUACUAG